UACAUGUGGAUUGGAAGAUUGAUUGUAUUAAAGAUCUCAGAUUAUUACAAGAUUAUGUUUGGUACUUUGGAUUAUCCAUUGCAUUGGAAAUUUUAUUCCUUGUUACUUGCAAUCCAUCCUUGAGAUGUUUUGUAUGCAAGCAAUCGAUUCGGAUGUGAAGGAAACUCCAGAAAAGUUUGAAGAAGACGAGAAUCCCUACGAACUUCUCCUGACUGCGGAAACAAAGAAGUUAACAACUUUGGAUAUAUCCCAUCAUGAAACAGAAAAUGCAGAUAAGAAGGCUGGUCCUGAUUCUGUAUCUUCCGAAGUGGCAACCAAACCCAGUUGGAACUUCACCUCAUCUCAGGUUCCAGAUUUACUUCCAACUGGUGACAUUCAGUCAGUCAGGAGUCAAGAGGCCAACUUGUCAUCUAGCAAUAAACCAAACCUUGCACUUAACCUUAAGUCACCAUCUAUUAUUGUUACUCCAGAUCACAUGAAUUGUGAGGUUGAAUCUCAGGACAUCAACAUUCCUGAGCAGUUUUCGGGACUUCUACAUGGGUCACCUCCAAUCUCUGAGAUUCAGAACGAUCCAGUCACUCUACUAGUUGCUUUGAGCAAAGGGGGAGUGGAAGCUGAAGCGAUGCAAAGCAGAGUCUUGCCAGAGAGGCAACACUGUGCAACAGGGCAGGCAGUGAACACUGACAUUAAGAACUCUGCAGCAGAUAUUGCUGAGCAAAAAGGGCAGCAAGUAAUCCAUAAUACAGUCAGUGACAUCCACAUCAGCCAGGCGGAUCCUGCAAAUUCUAAGUCUGGUCAACGUGCAAUUCCAUUCAGCAAGGGAAUAGAAAGACGGACAUGUACUUCAGAAAGGGUACGACCUAGUGGAAAAGCUAAAGCUGACCUGAAAUUUGCAAGAACCUUGUCAAAAUCAGAUUCUGAGCUCAUUAUAUGUUCCCCAUCUGAGGAAGAUAUGCUGGGAAGUCGUAGUGAGUCUCUUUCAAACUGCAGUUCUGUGAAGAAACGAUUAGAAAAAUCGCCAUCCUUUCAAUCAGAAUGGGAGGAGCAGAAACCUCUUCUUCCAAUGUCUAAUCCUCACAGAUCUAAGUCUGUGUGCAGUAUUGAGAAACUAAUGAGUUCCAUUGGUGCAGGGAUUGACAGUGACUUCAGAAAAGAUCGACAUAAUGCUUCAGGUUCAAGGAUACUGGAGCAGAGUGUCGGGCAGUGGCUCGACUCGAUUGGGAUGCAACAGUAUGAAAGUAAGCUGGUGCUGAAUGGGUUCGAUGAUGUGCGCUUCAUGGGGGCCAACAUAAUGGAAGAGCAGGACUUGCGAGAACUUGGAAUUCAUGAAGUAGGACAUCGACGCAGGAUUCUUCAAGCUGCACGUUCACUUCCAAAGAUUAAACCGUUUGGUUUUGAUGGAAACAGCAAUACUUCAAUCGUAGCAUGGUUAGAAUCGCUUGGUCUACAGGAUUACAGUCAGACGUUUUUAUCCAGUGGAUACAAUUCAAUGGACAGUGUGAAAAAUCUCUGGGAACUCGAAAUUGUAAACGUGCUGAAAAUAGCCUUACUCGGUCAUCGGAAGCGAAUCUUAGCCUCUCUUGGAGACCGACCUUAUGAAGAACCACCUCAAAAGCCACCGCGAUUGUCCCAACUGAAGGAUGACCAGCGGGAGUCAAGAUUAACGCUUCGCCCACCAAGUUUAGCAACACCAUAUGCUCCUGUUCAGAACUGGCAGCACCAACCAGAGAAACUUAUCUUUGAAUCUUGUGGCUAUGAGGCUAAUUAUUUGGGUUCCAUGCUGAUUAAGGAACUAAAGGGGACUGAAUCAACACAAGAUGCUUGUGCAAAGAUGAGGAAAUCAACUGAACAAAUGAAAAAGAUUCCAACUAUUUUCCUCUCCAUCACAUACAAGGGUGUAAAAUUCAUUGAUGCCUUCAACAAGAAUAUUAUUGCUGAGCAUGAAAUCCGCAAUAUUUCCUGUGCAGCCCAGGACCCUGAAGACCUCUGUACAUUUGCUUAUAUCACUAAAGACUUGCAGACAAAUCACCACUAUUGCCAUGUUUUCAGCACACUUGAUGUAAAUUUAACAUAUGAAAUCAUCCUUACACUAGGACAGGCAUUUGAAGUGGCCUACCAGCUUGCUUUACAAGCCCAGAAACCUGCUCAGAAGUCCUUUCUCACGGCUGAACCAGAGUCGGAAGAAAUUAGGUCAUCUAAACCAGUUCCUAAACCACGAUCCAGCAUGAGAAAAUCUACUAUUGACUCUCUUGAGCAAGAUUCUCAAUCACAUGGCAGUGUGGCGUGGAUAGCCGACUCUAAGCCGGACUCCAAGAGGACAAUCAGUACCAACUGAAACUCUGGGGUGAAUGUAUGUUUACUGAAAAUGUGACAAUGGGUGCCCCUGGUCAACACGAGGGAAAGUUAAAACCAUCCAAGAAACAGCAUCCCAUACCAGUGGGAACGUGGAACUGAAGUUUGCUUGUGUAGCAGUGGUUUCCACUUUCUUUAUUGAAGCACAACUUCAUAUUAGCAUUUCUGGGACUUCUUCUUCAACAAGUGCUUAGAUAUGAUCAAGAAAUGUAGUCACUUAAUCAAAGAAGAAUCAUUGUGAGCGUCACUAAGUUACCCUUUCUGAAGAUGAUGAAGUGGAGCAAUCAUUUUUUAAUCUGGUUGAUAGUACUUCAUCUUAUGCAGCAGGAACCAAUGAUGUGCACUGUCCCCAAAGCUUUAAUGCAUAAACUGUGGCGAAAAGGAUUUUUAUGUUGGAAUGUAUCUUCAUUAAAUAAUAGGUUUUUCACCUGUGUAUUUUUUCCUUCAACUUCUCCCCAAAAUAAUAAUAGUUAUGAUCAUUGGAUUCCACAAUAGUAAUCAAAAACUGCUGUACUAUGGUUUUAGUGUAAGUUUGUCUAAGGUGCAGUGUUAACCUCCUUUUGUAAUGUGGUUAUCAAACAUUUUUGUCUGCUAACAUCUCAAUUAUUUUUUUUUCUGUGUUCAAAUUACUGUAACGUGCCAGCAUUAUUGCUACUAUUUUCGCGUGGAAGAAGCUGUGGGAUCAGAAUCUUAAGUGUCUGGAAGCAUAAUGUUUUUUGUCUCAAGUAGCAUUGAAUUUUAAACUAUGAACCUACAUUUGAGUCAAGCCAAAUGACACCAGAAGAUACUUAGUUAAGCUAUGAAUGACUGGAAAUGAAUUAAAGCAGUGCUUCUGUUCCACAGUAAGAUGGUGUCCUUAUCAGCCUAUGCAAGAGCAAUUUUAUCAAUGUGAAGAAAACACGUUUUCAUGUGAGUUUUGGAGUUAAAGUUCAAGGUCGUUUUAAGAUGUUCUGUUGAUCACAAGAUUCUGAACGGUACUUUGGGAUUAAGAUUAUGUGUAUGAAAAUGUCAGAUACUGUUUUAUUUUCACAGGAUUAAAGUAACAGGAAGAACAAGGCAUUUUAAUAAAGUAUGUGAGGGGAAUCAAACAAUGCCAAAAUGUGGUAUGGCACAAAAGAGAUAAAAUUCUAUCUAUUUAUAAUUCCAUUGUGAGACUUAAAAUGUUAUAAAACUGAGUCACCCCCAUAUUUGUGGCCAUUGUGUACAAAUGUAAAUUUAAGCAUUUAAGGAAUUGUUCAUUCCACUUCCCUGAGCCACUCCUUUGACAUUAAUCUCUACUUGAGUUGAACUAAAAUGAAUUCCAAAUGGUUAAAACCAACCUCUGCUUAUGUACUAGUGUCAACGGUUAAAAAUCCUUAGCUUCCUUACAGAGGCAUUGCCACUAAGCAACCUUUUACAGCCAAAAGAGCAAAAUCGUAUGGAGAAUGGCAUCUUUUGUGACCAUGAUCAGUAUUGUCCUAUGAUUUCCUGACACACAAUUGAUUUUGUAAAGGAGACAGUUAGCAACAAACUUCCUCAACAAUACAAUGUUCUAUCAUGCAGUAUGCACCAUAUAUCACUUCAAGCCAAAACGUCUUUUGCAUCCAAGCAAAUAAAUGAGCUUGAAUAAGUGGCAGCUCUGAGCUGUAAUCAGCACACAAUGUUGAUGUAAUUUUACUGCUAGGAUAUAGGGAUUCUUUGAUAAAUUUAAUAGGUGCCAUUUUAUGUAACAGCAGAAUCGUUGGACAGUUCUUUCAUUCAGCAAACAAAUUUAAUUGCUAAUUCACACUGAACAAGAUAUCAUGCCAUAAAAUGGCAUUUGAAGCAAAAGAGUGGCUCAGUGAAGUGAUAUUAAGUAUUCAAAUGAUGUACAAAAUAACUAAGCAGCAGUAUUUUUAAUCUAACUUGUCUGCUUAAGUAACUUGAGGAAUUUAACGAUCGACAAACAGCUAACCUAUUUCAUAGAAAUUUUUUUUUUAAAUUCUUCAUGACAGCUUGAUUCUGUUUUGAUUAACUAAUAAUCUCAUUAAAAGUGCACUAAUGGGCAGGGGGAGUAGCUGCUUCACCUAAUUCACAAUCUGAAUAUUAUUUUAUUGUUGUAAAAUUAAAUUUCAAAAAAUAAUUUUAGUCUGGGUUGGGGCUGUGAAUGCUGUGUAGACACUAAGCAGGGCUUAUUGGUGUAUAUCUUGUUCCAAAUUUUAGACAUUUAUGAUGGUUAGCGUUGGAUCUAAUAUGUACUGAUGGGUGUUUAUUACUUUACCAGUUCUGUAUUGAAGUACUUGAAAGACCUAUUUCUCUGUGUAUAAAGUUGUAGAGUCAUGAUCAAGUGUUGAAACUGGACAUAUCAUGGUACCAAACACUAGGAUUGUUGUGCAAAAACUAGACUGACCUCAUAACAAUACAAGUUUGUAAAUAUACUUGGGCUUCCAGUCUGUUUUUGUUACUACUUUUUACCAUUAUUUGUACAAUUAGAAAUCAGUGAAUAAACAAAGCUGAGUAAAUUUUUGAA